AUUUGCCUCACUGAUGGGGCUGUGCCUUCUGCUCACACUAAAGCACGCCCCCUGCCAGUCAUUCGACAACAGAUCCAUCACUGCUUCUGAGGAAAUGGUCAGUGAGUAAAGAAACACCCCCAUACUGUGACUAUUGCGGAAGCCACCACAGCACACUGACUGCUGCAGCCGGGGCAGUGAAGGGUUUCCGGCAUAUUUAUCUUCUCAGCUGAUCUGCAUGACCCCUAUCAGGAGCCUCGAGGCUGCUAACAUCCCGGAACACAGCAGAGCUGUGCACACAUGGACACCAAAGUUUUGGUGGUGGUUAUUUCAGUCAUUUGUUUAUAUUCACCAUGGCAAUCUACACAGUUCAGUGUGACUAGCUUCAGGGCAGUCCCAUAUGUGAUGUCAGUCCGCUGGACAUCCAGGAAGCCAUUGGCAUAGAUUUUGUUCGCCGGGGUGUAUAUAAGGGGACCAUUUAAGUGAAGAUUACUUCAAGGUGAAUCCACUACGUAAGGUUCCAGUGCUCAAGGAUGGAGACUUAACAAUGUCUGAGAGGUGAAAAACAAAGCAACCCCUACAAGACUUUAGACACUGCCAUGCUGCUUUAUAUGGUAAACAAGUAUAAGACCCCUGAUCACUGGUAUCCAUCUGACAUAAGGAAGCGUGCCCAGGUUGACGAAUAUCUUGCUUGGCAGCAUUUAAGUACACGUCCACUUGUAUCAAAGCUAUUUUGGAUCAAGGCAAUGACUCCUUAUCUUCUGGGUCAUGAAGCCACAUCUGACAAGCUGGAUCCUGUGGUGACAAAAUUCAAUAAUACCUUGAAGAAUAUAGAAGAAUACUUUUUACAGGACAAACCCUUUCUGGCUGGUGAUGAGAUCUCUAUCGCUGACCUGGUGGCUAUUGUGGAGAUUAUGCAGCCAGUUGGUGCGGGAAUUGAUGUUUUUGAGGACAAACCAAAGUUGUCAGCCUGGAAGCACAGAGUGGAGGAGGCAGUAGGGGCAGAGCUCUUCAAAGACGCACAUGAAGCUGUACUGCAUGCCAAAGAUUUGUAGAAUCAGCCCAUUCCUCCAGAACUUAAGGAGCGAUUUAAAACCAAGCUAUUCUAUUACCUUCAUCACUAGAUUAGCCAAAUGUGCCCCAAUGUAUUACCGCAGUAACUGACCUUUUGAAGUAAACAGAUCUGUGGAAAGCCUGGCUAUCCUGCACUUCUUCUAGUAACUUGCAAUACAUACGCAGUAGUAACUUAAAUGUGAAAGUGACUUCAUCUAGCAGCUGGGAUCACCUAGCAGUAGCUUUUUUUCACAUGUAUUUAUUCUAACACAACAUUACCAACAUAAGCUCUCAGCUAGCAGUGCAGUUUCCCUCUCUAGCACCAAACUGUAGAAACUGAAUGCCGUAUGCUUGUAAUAAUGGGUAAUAUUAUACCACUUCCUGACCAGGUUCAGACUAAGGUUUGUGAAAGCUCCAGGGUAACUAACUUGUGGAGGCCCUUACUAAUAAAAUUGUCAUUAUUUG